GACAUGUUGGCACGCAAGAAGUCGUCCGCCGCCCAAGAGUGCUCAUCAAAUGCUUGAAGGCCCGUGAAGUUCAGGAAUGGCCAUGGCUGUGAUGAGGGCCAGGAUAAAAAGCCAAGGUGCGUGCCUCAGCCUGGGAAUGCGCUGGCGCUGCUCAUUGCAGUGGCCGAGCACGGAGUCCCUGUCCGCCGCCCACGAGUUUUCGCGAGGAGUUCCCGGUCGGAAGGACCGCAACAGCGCACCGGCCCAAUCUUCAGACUUGUCCACUAACGCAAGCAGAUUGACCCUUUUCGCAUCCUGCGAGCUUAGUGAGGCCAAAGCAACCCUGAAGGGCUUGAAAGAGGAUUCUCGCAGGGCGCAGGUGACAAGCUGGCACCCUGGGCGUGGCGGAGUUGCUUCGCGCGCCAGCCCGCAGCAGGACAGUGGUGCGGAGGACUGGCUCGCCAAGAGCUGCGAGGAGGUGGAGGGCUUCAAGAAGGCCCAGGUGCCCAGUUGGGCAGAGGCUGUGCUGAUUGACGGCGGGCUGGAAGCAGACGAUGAGUUCAUCCAGCGGACGGUGACCGCACUGCUGCAGCAAGGCGUCACCGGCAAGUCCCUGCUGGAGCUGACACUGGAGAAGCUGAUGGCAGCUCCGUACAACAUCCCUGGCGGACCUGCAGAGGUGCUGACAAAGAAGAUCCAGUUGCUGAAGGAGCCCCAGGUUGAGCUCCCUCGUUUUAGCGCCACAGAUCUCUUGGACUUCGAAGACCGCUUUUUGAAUAGCCGAAUCAACAACAAGGAUGAGAGGCCGUUUCUAGAAAGGGAGGCGGUUGUUCGGAGUCUUGUGGAGCAAAUAGAACAGAUCCAAAGGAAUGGGACCAACAAGCCGACGGUCUUGGCCUUGUGGAGCCCAAGGGGCACCGGCAAGACAUCGCUUGUCCGACACCUGGCUUUGAAGGUCCCGAACUUCUCAGAAAGCCGAAGAUGUGGGCGGCUUUUAGUGGUUGAUGCGCGAGAGAUUCCAAAGUCAGCGUUGCAGGAAGCUCCCAGUAGGAUUGCUUCUGCAAUUGUCGUGUGGCACCUGUCACAGUUGCUGUGCGGGUACAGCAUCGAAGUGAGUGGGCUGGUGGUGAGUUUUAGGGGCAUGGACUUCAUUGCAGUGCUGGAGGCCCUCAAACGUACAUCGGUACGACGUGAAAUUGAUAGGUGCGACAGCUUCGAAGUUUGGCUUGGCUCAUUUUGUCGAAAGAAGCAGGGCGUCUUCGAGCAGUGGCUGUUGGUGACGGCUGCAGCCUUCAACGCAACACCAGACUGCGCUUGCUUGGUGUUCCUCGAUCAGGCAGAGCUGCUUGUGAAUCAUGAGGUCGAGGGACUGAGCCACCAUGGACAGAAAUCAGCUUUCACCGAAAUAUUUGGCGAAUUCCCGCAGAAGAUGGGCAUGUUUUCGGCAGGCACGGUGAAUAUCUUGACCGAUAGGCCAUCGGAGGAGUACACCUCGCUUAAGGUCCAGGAAGUACCGGCUCUGGCGCCAUUGUCGCUGCAAGCCGCCAGACGGGCCAUGGCAGAGUGGGGAGGCAUGCAAUACAAGAAGAAGGAAUUCGACAACAUUCACCUCUUCUCGGCUGGGGUACCCCGGCUUCUGGAGGCGGCUUUCCAGACCUGGGGUGAGUUGGCAUCAACUGCUCAGGUUGCACUCAAUGCCAUGUCGCAGGAGUUCAGAAGCUCGUAUGCGGAUGCAGCCCCCUACUUCAAUCAGCCAGAAGUGGCUUUGGCGUUGGUUCUUUGCUCGGCGGUUCGAUGGCCUGCAGAAGGCCACCAGCUUGUGCCCGGAACCUCAGUGAGGUGGUCAGACAUCUUCAGGGCCGGAGCAGCAUUUCCAAACAACAAGUGCGUACUGGUUCCACGGCUGUGGUGGUGUGAGGAUACCAAUAUCAAAGACGCCAUCCGAAACGAUUUGAAAGAGCUGAACAUUGACCUGGAGGGGCUCCUGCCAGAUUCCUCGCAGUUGCUCAACAGCCCAACAAGGGGUGCCACUGAAAGGGGGGAGAAGUGGGAAGAGCUGGUUGCAAAUUCCCUGGCAGCGCGGUUCCGCCUUCACUGCAUAGCAAGAAACCUGAUUGCUGAAGUCACCUGGGUCCCUUUUUUGAAGAUCUACCCUACGGAGGAUCCACAUUUGCGAGCUGUUUUGGAGCCUUUCGAAGUUUGCUGGAGUGAUGGUGUGGAACAUCCAAGCGGCCAAGGCAAUGAAGCAACUGUCAUGAGUGACGUUGGGAAGGCCAUCAAGUCCAACCGGAAUUUUGCAACGGCUCACCACGACCUUUUGAUCCCCGUGAGAUGCAAGGCAACUGGUAAGCUCGAGUUCAUUGCUGCGCAAUGUCGUUAUGGACAGAAAAAGAAAAAGGAUGCAGACGGCCUGAAGUUGCAGGACAAGGCGAAGAAGGACAACUUUGAGGACAUGCAAAAUGUGUUGCUGCAGAUUUGCAGUGAGUCUGAAGGCUGGCAGUCCUUUACAAACAAGACAUGGGCCAGACGUCAGGAGGAGAAGAAAUACUCUCUCAUGAGUUGCGAGACUAUCAUUGCGCAGCUGGACGUGCUGAAGCUUUUGUGAGUGUACAA